AUGGGCCUUGAUAUAUCUGUAAUAGAAAUAGUUGACAAACUAGAGGGGUUUUAUGGGACGGUGGAGACUGGUGCAGUGCUGCUUCAGCAACUGUACUCGAGCAAACAGGAGCAAUCGGAAUCAAUUGCUGCCUAUAGUGCGCGCCUCCAACUUAUCGUAGAUAAAGCCGAACAAAGGCAGGGCAUAUCAAGAAGUGCAAAGGACGAUACAAUCAAAGUUGUAUUCUGGAAGGGGCUUUGCGACGAGCAGCUCAAACAGGCGCUACGCCAUAAGUAUGAGUCGAUAGGUUCGUUCGACGCUCUCGUUCGAGCAGCUAGGCUAGCAGAGCAAGAGAGUCGGGACUUUGGCGAGUUUCAUGCCCCCUCCCAGCGUCCCCGCACCCGGGUUGGUGCACAUUCCAACCAAGUAGACAACAACCGAUCCGACUUAGAAAGGGAGGUAAAAUACAUAAGAGAAAAACUAAAGCAAAUGGAAAUGAAUAGAGAUAGGAAUACAGAUAGUAGAUCCCAACCCCCAGUCAAUCGUCCCCGUGGCCCUAGGGGGCCCUGCUAUAACUGCGGCCAGCAGGGUCACUUUGCGAGAGAGUGUGAUGCCCCAAAAAUGAGAGCCCCUAAUGGACGGCCCCCUCCCCUAUUUGCCCAGCACCAUAUGCAUGCAGGAACAAUGCCCCCUCAUGACAACAUGCCCCAUCCUCCUCCCCUCAUGUCCAAUCCUCCCCCUCUCAUGUCCCAUCAUUCUUCCCCCAUGCCCCACCAAGACACACAGUUUAGUUUAAACGAAAACAGGUCUCUGCCGUGGGACAGGCGGUAG